AUGGGAGCACAGUUGUAUAGAAGAGGCGUUGAAACUUCAUUGCUCAAAUGUGUCACUAAAGAGGAGGCGGACAUAAUUAUGUUUGAAGUUCAUGAGGGGGUUUGUGCAAGUCAUGUGGGCGGAAGAUCUCUGGUAGCGAAAGUAUUGAGAGUAGGAUUUUAUUGGCCAACUCUAAGAAAAGAUUGCAUGGAAUACAUGAAGAAAUGUGAGAAGUGUCAGGUCUAUGUUGAUUUACAUGGGCACCUCCAGAAGUUUGGUGUUUCAGCCACGAUUGUUUCAGACAAUGGUACUCAAUUCACAAACAAGGUGGUUAAGGAUUUUUGUGCUGAGAUGGGAAUUGAAAUGUGGUUUGCUUCUGUUGAGCACCCUCAAUCAAAUGGGCAAGUUGAAGCUGCUAACAAGAUAAUUCUGAAUGUCAUUAAAAAGUGUUUGGGCGAGAUUCAAGACAUGACAUUUAGAGUGGAUUUGAGCCUGGCUGGUGACGUGCAAGCAAAAGUUGGUGACAUUUAG